GAAAAUUGAAACAUUCCUGUGUACCGAAUCUUCAAAUGGUUGCUUUAAACAGUUCGGUAGCAUUAAUUGCAUCAGCACCAAUCAAAUCAGGAACUGAACUAACAGUAUCGCAAAUAUUUCACUGGUUGGAAACCGAUUUGACAAAAAACCAAAGAAAAGUACUAUUUUUUUAUAAUCGUUUCACUGUCUGCACGUGUUUGAUAUGCAGUUCCACUCCUGAAGAGUGGGAAAAAAUCAAGAAACAAUCGGAGUUGUCCGCAGUACAGAAACAAGUUGUACUUCAAUGUUUACUUUUCAAGCAAGAACAUUUGGGCAUUUCGCUUAAUAAAUAUUUAGAACACAUAUAUAGAACAUUGGUCUGUAUAAAUGACAAACAAUUUUCAACAGAUUAUGAAUUGGCUUAUAAGAUGUUAAAAUGUUUUCAGGCAAAAAUUAUACAGAAUAAGUUGAAAAAUAUUAUAUUAUCUGCUAUAUAGUUUUUAUAGUUUGAGGAGCCGUACAUGAGUAUAUGGUAACUUUUUAAAUUUUAAUGCUACUGAGCUGGAACUUUAUUUUAAAACUACCUAAGUACUCUCAAAUGCUACGAGUCGUAUCAAUUCAUGAUGAAUGAUCGUAUCAAACUAUGAUGUUUCCAGAUAGGACAUGGCUCCUCAAUCCAAACAUUUAGAUUAAGGUGUUACUGUUUUGUUCAUGUAACCUUUGAAGUAUUAUUCUACAAAAACGAAGACCGUCCCUACAAUAUUUAUAAAAACAUACUACCUGCCUGCUAAUAAUAUUAAUUUCAAUAACUUACGAAAAGUGUGGCAUUUCAAUUCUUACGGACGUUUUAAAGAACUAACUUUGACACAUUUAAAUUUAGAUCAGUCGCUGGGUCAAGUGGAAGAAUGAUCUGUUUUGAUCUUUGAUAAAUUUGUAAGUAGGUAGUUAGUAGUAGGUAACCUAAAUUUGACACUCGGUUUGGACUUGUAACCCUGACGAACAAGGUGGUCGCUAUUCUUCUUAAUCUAAAAGUGGCGUGCAUCGUCUGCGCUUUACUGUUACUAAUGAUCGUUGGGCUCUUUAAUUGGAACGUGUCUUUUUUCAUAUAGGUUAGUUAACGUUUUUUUUUAACUAUUAUAUUUUAUUGUACUUAAAAGAAGCGGUCAAUAUGUCUUUAAGAUUAAUCAGCUUUUCUUGUAUGCUGUAUCAUGAUUAUACUAAAAAAAAUUAGGUUAUUUUGUACUGUUUUGUACUGUAAUUUUUUAUUUAAAGUUUUUGGUCUUCUUUCAUCUCUUGCCUACAUUUUUUUUAAACUAAUUUCUUUGAUUGAUUGUGAAAAAUUAUUUUUUUAUUGUUGUCUAUUUUUUGUUGAUUGUUUUGAAGGUUUAAUUUUAGUAUAUUAAAAUUUGAGAUGAUAGGUAAGACUGAUUAUGAUACCGUGAAAGUAGUUUUUAAAUCAUUAUUCUUAUAAUGUUGUUUAUUUAAUAUACACAGACUUUGCUUUGAGGCAGUGAACAAAUCUGUCUGUGAAAAAAUCAAAAAAUAGACUUAAAGCAAACUGAAUAAUUAUUGAAAUAUUUAUUUCGGUACUAUCUUAGAACAACUGACGAACAAAACAUGAAUAGUUUUUUUUAUUGUCUAUUUAUAUUCUAUCUACAUAAUUUUUCCUAUUAUAUUACACUCUUAUUCUGUUACACAUAUACCUAUAUUAUAAAUAAAUUUUGAAUCCUUCCGCUUGUUUUAUUUAACCUUCGCAAGUGUUACUGAUCGGGAAUACAAAGUGCCAUUUUGUAACAGUGUUACUCAUUGGGAAAACGAUAGUUGCAAUGUGUACCACUGCUACACAACGGGAAUUUUUUUCCCAUUGAGUAACAGUGUUACAGAUCGCUGUGUGACUGAAUGGGAACAAACCCUAGGCAUAAACAGUUGACAGCAAAUAUUUAAUAAUCCGUACUAAUAUUAUAUAGAGAAAAAAGAUUCGUAUUAUUGUUUGUAACGAAGAAACUCAAAAACUAAUGGACCGAUAUAUCAUCAAAUAGAACAACUUUUACGUCUUUUCCAUAAUUCGGAUAAUUUUGCUGGUCUGUAAUGCCAACAGAAAAUGCCCAUCACAGGUUGAACAACUUUUGUUAAGAUGUCUAUUCCAUAUUUCGGAUAGUUUAGCUGGUAUGUAAUGGUUCUGCAUCAGGUGUUUCAGAUCUUCGAAUUUUAUACACUAACAGAAAAAGUUCAUCAGGCUGAACAACUUUUGUUAAGAUGUCUUAUCUAUAUUUCCUAUAGUUUAGCUGAGUUGUUAUGAUUCUACAUAAGCUAUUCCCUAUAUGUUGGCCAGGUAUAAGGGCUAUACAACAAAAUAAAGUUUCAUACAAAUCCGUUCAGUAGUUCCAAAUCCAAACGAAGUUGCGCGCACAACUAGUAUUUCAAUAACACAUAAAUUUUCAUGAUGACAUGCAUGCGUGCCGUGUGGUUCCCUCAAUCAAUAAAAAAACAAUAGGACUCCAUCUCGUUCCCACGGAUGUUCUAAAAGGCGACUAAGGGAUAGGCCUAUAAACUUGAGAUUCUUCUUUUAGGCGACGGGCUAGCAACCUGAAUUUGAAUUUGAGCUCAAUGAGGCCUAGCAGACUUUUCAAGACUGUUGGCUCUGUCUACCCCGCAAGGGAUAUAGACGCGAAUUUAUGUAUGUAUGUGUGACAUGCAUAGUCCAUACUGCAUUUAAUGUUGGAAAUAUUUCCGGAAAGAUUGUAAAUUUACUUGAUUGGGAACAUUCCCAGAGAUAUUGCGAAUUUUGGAAAUUUAUGAUAUAUGUACAUAUUUGUAAAUUAUUAUUUUCGAAUUCAUGACAUAUCUAAUUAUAGCCAUUGAAAAGGAUAAGCAUAGAAGAACAAAAAACUUAACUCCGUUACAGCGAGGUUCCCUAAUAUUUAUAAUUUUCCCCAUGUUGCCGUAAACUUACAUGGCAAUAUUCGUAAAGUUCACUAAUCAAGACUAUGGGCUUUGUCUUAUCCGUAAGGGAUAAAGACGUGACAGAAUGUAAUGAAGGCCGAAAUUUUUAAAUUUAAAUGACUAAGGAUUGACUAGAAAAGUUGUGGAAUACGUAAAACAUAAGUCUAAUUUAAUAUAUCCGUGUGGUUCACGGCACCAAUAAAAAGAAAAGAAUAGGUCCACUUCGUCUCUUUUCCAUGGAUGUCGUAAAAGGCGACUAAGGGAUAGACUUAUAAACUUAGGAUUCUUAUAGGCAAUGGGCUAGCAAAUUGUGUUUUUGAAUCUCAAUUCUAUCAUCAAACCAAAAAGCUUAACGUGGCCUAUCAGUCUUUUCAAGACUGUUGGCUCUGUCUACCCCGCAAUGGAUAUGGACGUGACUUUAUGUAUGUAUUAUUUGAUUAAACCGCGUAAUUCUUGCAGAAUUAAAUCGUAAUUAUUAAUUACAAACCUUAACUUUAUUAAAAUUAAAGAAUUAAAUUUUUUUAAGUUGGACACUGAUAGGAAUUGACAUUUUGGGUUUAAACAAAAUAUUUUUGACGUUUUUAUAUAUAAUUAUUAAAAUCUAAAUUUGGCUUAUUAGUAAAACAUAAUCUAUAAAGUAAGAAAGCCCUUGAAUUACAAGAAUUACAAGAUGCCCAUUUUUUCUGGAAUGUCUUAUCUACAAGACGUCAUUAUAUACCUACUCAUUGUUUAGAAACGACGUUAAUUGAACGAGACUCGGCGAUAACAAAAGAAUUUAUCAAUCACAAACAAUAUUACUAGGAAGUUGCUUGCAAAAAAGGAUGGGUUUUUUGUGGGUCUCGAGCCGGGCCCUUGGCGAAAUGUAUUGUUCGGAGCUUGCAGAGCGGGGGAUGCAUUAAACGCAGUUCAGUUAGGGUGCAAUAGAACUUUUACCUGGAAAAUAAUGAGGGUUCGGUGACGGUUCUUCGGCAGUGCGUCACUGCUCUUUAAAGGCAAAAGUAGCCAGAAAUGUUUCCAAGUGUGGAGAAGUGGUUAUUAAUUCAGUGGAGUGAUAAUGAUAUUAGUGUAGUCCAUAUCAGGAGUCUGACUAACAUGCAGACUGAAGCCUUGCACCCUGGGGAACAAGUGACGGCCAUCAUAAAGGGCGAGUCGAAAGUUGGAACCUUUAUUUGUAAAACAAAUGACCGUCAAAUGUUGUUAGAAAUACAACAAAAGAUGAAAGCCGAGAUCGGAGCAGGUCCCAGCGGGGAGGGGAAGAAGGAAGGGGAGCCUCAGGACUUCUCACCCAGUGGGUCUUCAUGGCAGCCUAGUGAUGACCACGCAUCUGACUCCGAUGAGGUUGCAGUAAAAAAAGUUAAGACAGAGCACGUCAAAAAGCAAUUCACAUUCGAAAAACCUAAAAGGAUACUAACCCCAUCGAACAAAGCAAACGCAGUCAUCCCAGAUGCAAUGAGAGGAAACAAUUCUAUUAAAAAGACACCAAUUAAUAAGAAAAGGCCUAAUGUCCACCAAUCAACCAAUCAAACAAAUGAAAACAAGUCAAAACCAGAUUCUACGAAAAAGAACAUUAUACAAAAAGUAAUCGUGAAGAAGGGCACAUUAAAUUUUGAAACUAUAUUGGGACUAAGAUGUUGUUUCAGAGACCUUUUUGGAAUGGUUAAAGGCAUGACAAUACACAGCGCUGCUCCUGAUGGUAGUGACGAUCCAGUCAAAACUGAACCAAAUGUAUCAAAAGCAAUCCCGAACAUGACGUGUGAUGAUGACAAAGAAAAUGAAAAAAGUCACAGUGCAGAGUCUAGCCGCUCAGAAGACAAUGUUCUUAUAAGCAAUAAAUACAAAAACUAUAAUGAAAUUAGCAAAAAAACAAAUGCCAAAAAAAGUCCACCACCACGAAACAUUAUAGACGGUGAAUGGGUAUCAAUAGGUAGUGGAAAAACUUUGUUACACAAAGAUAAAUUUAUGAAGGUCAAUUGGAAAUCAUAUACAGUGGCUACACGAACUUUAUUAAUGGCUUUAUUUCCGCGAAGGAUCCUAGCAACUCACUCUCUAACCGGGAAGAGGUCACCAGCGUUUCAGAACAAACCAGCAAAAAUGUGUCUCGAUCCAAAAAUAAUAUCAGAUGUUAUCAUGGAAAUCCAGGACAGAUUUAACGUUAAAGAAAAUCUUAUUAGAAGUAUUAUCACCACCAAGUGUGCCGAUGAAUGUAAGAUGUUUAAAAUGAGGCAAGAUAAAAGAAAGGCUCUAGCCUCAGUGAACAAACAAGAAAAAGUUGAUGACAAAAAAGUACCUGAAGAAGAAAAAAACGAUAAAGCUGUAACAGAGGCAACUACUAAUUAAUAUUAUUACUAGUUUUGUUUGUCUCUUUUGUUCAACUCUGUAAAAGUUUAUCUCCGAAAUGAGUCGUUUAUUAAUCUCGUGAGUUAUUAUAACAGGCUAGUUGACUCGCAAUGAAUUUCAUACAUACUCGUACUCGUAUAUUAAAUGAAUAUUUCCUAUAUAUUGUUUUAAGCUUAGGAAGUCAAUGUAUAUCAAUUUUAAUAAUUAAAUGUGCGAUAUCAAUCUAUGAACCCCAUUGUUAAAAUGUUUUUAAUAAUGUUUAAUAAGAAACGUCAAAACCACUUACAAGUACAUACACAAGUUUCGUAGACAGGACUUAAAAAGUUUGUUAAUUUCAAUUUCAAAUAAAGCUCGGGUAUUAUUUAUUUAUUACAACGAUAGUUACUAUAUUUUUCAUGUAAACUAUUAGAAAUCAUGGUUUUA